ACAGUAUACACGUUGACAAUCGCGGAGCAGAGAGGAUGUAAACAUGCUUCUGCUAGCCUCCCGAACACCGAAGGACGAGCGAUCAUCUAUAGGUUAAGUGCGCGUUUCGAGUGCAGCGUUAUCAGUGUGAAAGUGCCGUUUUCCGCAGCGACCGAGGUGAUCUUUGCUGAGUUACGCAGUCGCAGUCUCUUAUCGGCCUCCGAACAAUAUAGCUCCAAAUGACUUGAGCACUGCCGCUUUCGAAAAUGGUCCGUCGAAAGUCCAGCCGACCGAAAUCCAACGCGUCGAAUGCUUCUUCGCGCAGGAAUUUCGCGAUGGACAAGCACGCGAAGAAACGCCGAGUCAACGGAAUGCUGAAGGAGAUCGCGCGACUCCAGAGGUCCACGAAGCUACUCAUCCCGAGAGCCCCAUUCGCUCGACUCGUGCGACAGAUAAUGCUGGACCUGUUUCCGCGGCUAGAGUCCCAGAGGAUACAGCACAGCGCGCUGGAGGCCCUGCAGGAGGCCGCGGAAAUGUACCUUGUGCAGUUCUUCGAAGACGCGCUGCUCAUAUGUCUGCACACGAAGCGGGUGACGCUGAUGGUGCAAGACAUGAUACUGUGCCGACGACUGCGAGGCCGCGGUGAUAUUAUUAAUAGAUAAUUAAUCAAUGGGUACUCAUAACGAACUUUUGACAUUAUUCAAUAGACACAUUCUUGUUUUAAUCGACUAUUCGACGUUUAUCUGUUUCGAAAUUUUAGUGUUUCAGUUUUAGAAUCAAUAUAGAAAACGUCGCCAACCGCGACAGGAGUGUACCAACGAACUUGCAGAUUGUUAUUGUGCGAAAUACUUGGAAGGUGCUGUAGCGUAUUUUAUAAUUAUCGGUGCAUCACGUACACACACUCGAGUAUUCAAGUAAAAAGUUUCUCUGCGUUCGCGAUUAAGGGCACUUAUUGUGAAAAAUUGAAUUGCUAUCGCCGUCGGGGGAAAUCAGUAAAAUGCGGAUCAUUAAGAAAUAAUAAGCAAGCAAUAACUAUACCUAUGUUUAACGGUGUUUUCAAUUCGCAAAUAAUGUACGUGCGUCGAAUCGCACUUUGCAUUUCACUACUUUCCCUCGUUCGCGCGUGAGGAUUUUAAAAACUCGUAAGAAUUUAUAAAACAUUACGUAUCAGUGUAUAAAAAGGCGACCUAUGCGAAAAACCUCUAUGACAAUCUUAUUGUGCACAUAUAUGCGGUUAUUACACAAGCUUGAAAAGUGAUAUAAAGGUACAACGAUGCAUU